AUGCCUGUGUUGAGAGAUAUCGGCCUAUGGAAGUUGGCCAGCACAGUUAAGGAGAAAGAAGAAGCAGCGCCCCUUCAACGGCCACCAUCUCCCCCCUCUUCAUACAACAUUCGCUGCUCGCGCUUUCCUGCGCAUAAACCGCGUGAUCUACGUAUACCCUCGCCUCAAGCUAUAACUCAUGUAGCAUGGAGUUGCGAUGGGAAGCGUUUAGCUGGCAUUGAAACUAACGUACGUACCAUAUAUUGUAUCUCAUCAGGAGCCACACUCCCUGCAACCCACUUCUCUGGUGGUGACUCCGAUGACGUUGACUAUAUAUCAUGGAAUCCCACUCAUCCAGAGUUAUUUUGCACGUCUAGUCAGAAGGACAGAAGGAUUGUAUUUGGGAUGCACGACGCAAAAAGUCGGUACACGCAGCAAAUGGUUCUAAAAAUAUCACCCGUGCAGACAAAUUAUUCUCCAGACGGCCGGACUUUGAUAUUUACUUCGGCCGGGCUCCAGCUAUUUUUCUUAACACACAGGAAAGAUGGUGAUGCAACAAAGGCACACAUUGUCGCAUCCGCCGCCAUGUUCAAUCAUGUCGGCGAUGGUAUAAUUCUGACGCACUAUUCUGAGCAUAGCCUAACCCUCAGGGAAAGCCCUGCCGCUCAUGUCGGAGGUUGUGUUGCAGUAGCACUCGAUCCCCAAGGGAGAUAUCUUGCAUCUGGUGGCUAUGACUCAAUUGUCAACAUGUUCGAUUUGAGUGAAUGGAUAUGUGCUCGGACAAUCUCCACUUGCGAAAAUGCGAUCAACGCAUUGAGCUUCUCGUACGAUGGAGAGUACCUCGCUAUUGCAUAUGCAACAGAGACGGGUGCUCCAUUGCAUCGUGUUCCUGCAUUGGCACCGUCACCUACAGUGACCUGGCAUCCCUCAAAAUACGUCUUUGCCUAUUGUGGGCAAACAAAGCUCCGGGAGGGUGGACCUCCUCCUGUGGCUAUUAUCAGCCUAUUAGGGGGUGGAAUUUGA